UGUGAGCAAUGACGGAAGUGGGAGACGACCAAAGAACAAGUCAGGGGCUGAGAGCUCAUUCAAAGUGCUUUCACCAGAGCCCCCAGGCUGAGAGCAAGAAAGAAGAACUUCUGUCCCAAGGAAAGUGAGGCCAAGGACAUAACUGGAGCCAACAUUUGCGUCAAGUUCCUGCGGCUGCUGACAACGUGCAGGAGAGUGAUGGCACCUGGCAGAGGUUGCUUGGCCCUGGCCACUCUGCUGGCAAUUGUGGACAUCCAGCUUGGCGGGUGCAUGCACAUCCAAAGCUCAUUUCACCAGGAAGGAAAACGACUAAGCUUGAUCUGUACUUUGAAGUAUAAGAAAGAAGAGGCUGAGGGGGUUAUAGUGUUUUUGUGCAAGGACAGGUCUUCGGACUGUUUCCCCGAGACCAGCUUAGAGCAACUGAGACUUAAACGGGAUCCUGGGAGAGAUGGUGUCAGUGAAAGAUCAUCUAAGUUGGUGUUCACCAUAAACCAAACCACACCAUCGGACAGCGGGAGGUACCAGUGUUGUGCCACAAGCCAGAAGCCAGAAAUCCGCCUUCAGGGCCACUUUUUCUCUGUUUUAGUCACAGAGGCAGGGAACCACACAGUGAAAGGAUUGAAACAAACAGGGCACCCCGCGUUCAGUCACAGUAAAGGCGCUCUCGGUUCAGACUUCCUGCGAGAAAAAGCCUGGGUGAUGCUGGUCACCGGCCUGGUGGCCCUUCAAGCUUUGUAAGCCUUGUGCCAGAAACUUUAAAAGAACAAGUUCCAGCAAGAUAAACCUGACUCUCUUUACCUUGCUACCUUUCACAUUACAACAUACACGGAGAUGAAAACAGCACAGGGGAAGAGAUGCUAAAUACGCCAAGAAUCUGGGAAAUAUAAGGUGGGACAAAUAAUGUAUUCCUUGACCUCCCCUCCUCACUGCCAUAACAAACCUGCCUUUCUUCCCACCUCUGUAACCACUUAAAAAAGAAAAAAAAAGAACAACUUUUACAAAAGUAGCUGGCGGACAGUUCUCACUCAAAUAUUGGAUUAAGUAUGUGGUACGUGUGUUUUUGUACUGAAGAAAAAGUUUUCCUCCCCCCUUCCUCCAACACAGUAAAAUAAACAAGCAAGCCAAACAAAAUGAGAACACCAAUUGUUUUUGAAGAAACUUUUAUUUAGCACUAGAAAGAAGAGAGAAGAAACAAGCAAAGAUAGGUAGGGCAGGAAACGGAGAGCCCGAGCCAGUGACUGACUUGGCAAGAAAGUGAAGAAACGGAGAGACCCUGGCAUUCAACAGCAUCCCCACAGUGUGGCUAGAGGAAGAGGAAGCUCUGUGUGCCCAGGUGCACCACACAGCAGAACGCCCAGCUCCAACUGAGUACCCGUCAGCCUCUUUGGUCAUAUCUCUUUCCUUUUAAAUAAAUGCCCAGAGUGAUA